CAACGCACAGCAGAAACGACUUGCUGCAAUCAUCCAAAAGAUUUCAUAAGCAUUUUGGUGAGAAGACGGAAGUACAUUAUGCCUCCUUUAAGACACUGACUCGAUGGAAACCGCUGAGCUUGACUGAAAUCAGAGGGACUCUUGACCAAUGCCCUCUUCUCUUAGGUCAAUUUCAAGUUUUAUUCCGGGAAUUGAGAUGCUCAUUUCGAAACUUAGUUACGUAUUAAAAAGUAGGCGGCGCGUCUUAACACCAGUUUUAGAGUAAGAGACAGAUUCAAUACAAGGCGAACGAGGAGACGACAGAUUCACAUCCUCAGAAUCAUUAUGGCAACCCAGGCCAUCAUUGACUUUGCUGCUGGAGCAGUAGGUGGUGUAGCAUGUGUGCUGAGCGGUCAGCCGUUUGACACCACAAAGGUGAAGAUGCAGACAUUCCCCAAAGCGUACCGAGGCUUCAUCCACUGCUUCUCCUCCACGUUCCAGCAGGUGGGGAUUCGUGGUCUCUACAAAGGUGCGACUCCAGCCCUCAUAGCCAACAUCAGCGAGAACGCCGUGCUCUUCUUGAGUUACGGUCGCUGUCAGGAUGUGGUCCGCUACGUGUGCAACAUGGAGAAAGGUUCCAAUCUUAGUGAUAUCCAGAAGGCCUCCGCAGGGUCUUUGGCUUCCAUCUUCUCUGCCAUGGCCAUUUGCCCAACCGAGCUGGUGAAAUGUCGCUUGCAGGCCAUGCUUGAAAUGGAAGCAAGCGGCAAGGUGGCGAGUGGACAGAAAAGCACAGUGUGGACAGUGGUGAAGACAGUGAUGAAGACAGAUGGUCCUCUUGGUUUCUAUCAGGGACUGUCAUCCACCAUCGUGAGGGAAAUUCCUGGUUACUUCUGCUUUUUUGGGGCCUAUGAACUGUGUCGUUCCAAAUUUGCUCAGUACAUGGGCACAGACAAAGAAAACAUAGGUAUGCUUCCUCUGAUGUUCAGCGGUGGAUUUGGGGGAGCUUGUCUCUGGUUGGUGGUCUAUCCCAUAGACUGUGUGAAGUCCAGGAUCCAGGUGCACUCUUUAGCUGGGAAGCAGGAGGGUUUCAGGAAGACCUUCAUGGGAAUCAUUCGCACUGAGGGGAUUACUGCUCUGUACUCCGGCCUGACCCCGACCAUGAUACGAACCUUCCCUGCCAACGGAGCUCUUUUCCUGGCUUAUGAGUUCAGCCGCAAGUUCAUGAUGGAGAAAGUGGGGGUCUGAUGUGGAAGAUAUUUACACUUGAACCAAGUAUUCUGGUCUAACACCAACAUUUCCAAUUGCUUUUGUCAUAAUUGUGUUGUUUUUUGUUGUGAGCAACUUUGUUUUAGUGCUAUUCGUGUUUUUCUUUUUUCUUCAGUAUUUGGGCAUUCUGCUCAGCUAGACCAACACUGACAUGAAGUCUGAAUCAACAAAGCUAACAAAACUGAAUGUUGGUCCAUGCACAGCUUUCAUCAAACAUGCAUUCAAUGGAUCAGAUAAAACAUUUAGUACGAAAAUUACAACAAUUUUUGUCAAAUAAAAAAACAUUUUAUUUGUCCUUA